UCACAGGAAGCCACCUAGCCAUCAUGAUCGCACUGACUAAUAACAACAGUGAUCUACCGCUCCAAGCCAAGGAAUUGCCCCAGAGAAGACCCGAGGGGCCCAUGACAGCUCAUCAGAGAAACAACAAUUCGCCCGCCGGGUCGACAGCGGCUCCAAAGAAGAUGCUGGCGAGUCAGGGCAAGCAAGGAGGGCAGUCGGCCAACCCCGAGGAACGUGCAGCCAGGCUGUCGGGUCCUCCAAGGGGGGUUAAGCAGCGCAAGACGCCAGAGAGUGGUAUGGACGCCAACUGGGAGUUGCUUGACAACCCGAACGACCCGGUUCUUGCAGAGAAAAGGAGGAAGGAGAACGAAGCGAUGAACAAGCUUAUCGAUGAUCUAGACGAUCAGUUUGCGAUGGAUGCGGCCGGCAGGUGGAAACGGUAACUGCGAGGAGCCGAUGAUUUCGAUGUACGCCGUGUUUGUCUGGCACGGGCGAGAGGAGGAGGUCGUCACGGUCUCGGUGACCCUUUCAGGUUACGGUCU